AUGGCAACCUCUGGAGAAAUCAUAUAUCAUUUGAAAAAUCUUAACAGUAAGAAAGCACCGGAAUAUGAUCUACUAAAUCGUAAAAUCCCAAAAGAACUACCUGAUGAUACGACAAAUAUUCAACAACAUAUUAAGGACACAAUGCUUCCCAAGCCCCUGGAAAGUUGCACAAAUAACUGCAAUACCCAAACAGGACGCACCGGCUAUCCAUUUGCUGAAUCUUGCUCAAACGAUUGUUAUAUAUAUCAAACAACAGGUAAAAAACCGAGUGUUGAGCGAAUAGAGGCUACUGGUGAUGCGCCAAUUCCGCAAUAUGGGCCGGGAAUAGUUUUACAUGAACAUUAUUUAUAUACGGUUGGGGGAACAACUGGCUAUGAUUACUCUUGUGAAGUGCAUCGCUUAAAUUUGCGCACACGAGUGUGGGAAUGCGUAUAUAUCUGUCGUCCAGAUAUACGCGAAGAUCCAGAGGGUCGUUAUCGUCACGAAGUUGUCUACGAUGGGCAAUACAUAUAUGUGCUGGGUGGUGGUACAUCGAAUUUAGUGUAUGAUUUACAACGCAUCCCUGCAUUUAAUUUAAUUACAAACCGAUGGGAAUAUUUCGUCACAUUACCCGAUCGAACAUCACAAACAAAUCUAACAAUCGAGCGACAAAAUUCCGGAUAUCCAAACCCACGAAAGUGCUUUUCCUGCGUACAGCACACGAAAUCGAAUGGUGAGGUCGAAGCAUUCAUUACGGGAGGCUUGCAGGCCGAUCAAGUAUAUUUUUCAGAUAUAUGGAGAUUAAAUUUUACUACUAAGCAAUGGACACUUAUAAAAACAGCCUCUCUACCAAAAGCUUUGUACUUCCAUGCCGCAGCGCACAGUCAAAAUGGUUGUAUGUACAUAUUCGGUGGUAUUGAAUAUGAUGAAAAACGUAUACGACGGUGCAAUGACCUUUAUAAAAUGUGGAUGACCAUACCAUUAUUAAGUGAAAUUUGCUGGGAGGCAGUGUUACAUUACAGACCAAAUCUCAAAUUGAAUGGCCACUCACAGCUGCUUAAAAUGGGCAUACCAUUGCGCUUUGCACAGAGAUUGUGGCAUUCUUCAAAAGCCAAAUGAUUAUACAAUAAAUGAAGAGAUAUAUGGUAUGGUAUGUCAUGUAACGAGCAAUAAGAAGCGACAAUUUUUAUGUUUCAUUCUAGACAUAAAAGCAUAAUUAUUGUUUGCUAACCAUUUAGGAAUGACAUAGUUUCAUAUGGAAGAAAUGGAACCAAAAGAAUAAACAUAAUAAAAUAAGACAUUAAUAAUGAGUAAAAAUGAAAAAAGCUAAUUAAUAUGAAAAUAAGAGUAAUUAUUUUUAUACGCUACAUAUGUGUACGAGCAGUUGUGGCGAUUUUUUUUACAAUAUGGUUCAUACACUGUCAAUGGAUGCUCAGAUCACGAAUUCUAGAAAAUUGUAUCAUAAGAGUGGAAGCAGGAUCAAGUGGCCAAUCGGGCAACCAGAUGAACACCAAAUUUAAAAGGAUAAUAGUCUGCCGUCUGAUUUAAAGUUCGUAUCCAUGAGUCUAUGCAUAAUUAAAUUCGCUUUUUCCAGAUUAACGAUAUAAACAAAUUAUUUUCA